GCAGGCGGGGCCGCUGACCGAGCGACGCGGCUGCACCACAGCUCCUGCCCGGGCCUGGCCGGUGGGCGGCAGCGGGCCCGAGCGCCCCGGGGCGCGGCCCGACGGCAUGAAGGACCUGGACGCCAUCAAGCUCUUCGUGGGCCAGAUCCCGCGCCACUUGCACGAACAGGACCUCAAGCCACUGUUCGAGCAGUUCGGCCGCAUCUACGAGCUGACGGUGCUCAAGGAUCCGCACACCGGCGUGCACAAAGGUUGUGCCUUCCUCACCUACUGCGCCAGAGACUCCGCCAUCAAAGCUCAGACUGCUUUGCACGAGCAGAAGACGCUGCCGGGGAUGGCGCGGCCGAUCCAGGUGAAGCCAGCGGACAGUGAGAGCCGUGGAGGUAGGGACCGGAAGCUGUUCGUGGGCAUGCUCAAUAAGCAGCAGUCGGAGGAAGAUGUGCUCAGGCUCUUCCAACCCUUCGGCGUCAUCGACGAGUGCACAGUGCUGCGCGGACCCGAUGGCAGCAGCAAAGGCUGUGCCUUCGUGAAGUUUUCUUCCCACACAGAGGCGCAGGCGGCCAUCCACGCCUUGCAUGGCAGCCAGACCAUGCCGGGAGCCUCCUCCAGCCUGGUGGUCAAGUUCGCCGACACGGACAAAGAGCGGACCCUGAGGCGCAUGCAGCAGAUGGUUGGCCAGCUGGGCAUCCUGACUCCAUCCCUCACCCUGCCCUUCAGCCCCUACAGUGCCUACGCCCAGGCUCUCAUGCAGCAGCAGACCACAGUGCUGUCCACCUCCGGCAGCUACCUGAGCCCCGGCGUAGCCUUUCCUCCCUGCCAUAUCCAGCAGAUUGGCGCCGUCAGCCUUAACGGUCUGCCUGCCACGCCCAUCGCCCCCGCCUCCGGACUGCACUCGCCCCCACUGCUAGGCACUGCCGCUGUUCCUGGCCUGGUGGCACCCAUUCCCAAUGGCUUCCCCGGCGUCCUGCCCUUCCCUGGGAGCCACCCUGCCCUGGAGACCGUCUAUGCCAAUGGCCUCGUCCCCUACCCAGCUCAGAGCCCCACUGUGGCAGAGACCCUACAUCCUGCCUUCUCCGGAGUCCAGCAGUACACAGCCAUGUACCCCACCGCGGCCAUCGCGCCAGUGGCGCACGGCGUCCCGCAGCCUCCGCACCUCCUGCAGCAGCAGCGUGAAGGUCCCGAAGGCUGUAACCUGUUUAUCUACCACCUCCCCCAGGAGUUUGGAGACAUGGAGCUGACGCAGAUGUUCCUCCCCUUCGGCAAUAUCAUCUCCUCCAAGGUGUUUAUGGAUCGGGCUACCAACCAGAGCAAGUGUUUCGGAUUCGUGAGCUUUGACCACCCGGCCAGCGCGCAGGCGGCCAUCCAGGCCAUGAACGGCUUUCAGAUCGGUAUGAAGAGGCUGAAGGUGCAGCUGAAGAGACCCAAAGACCCAGGACACCCGUACUGACCAUGCCCACAGCCCCUCCGCGCUGUGGGCCUGGCCCCAGGUGAGCCGCCAGGCGGCCCUGUGCCCUGCCCAGCCCUGGUAUCAUCUAAUCGUCCUCCUAUCCCAAGCUCACUCUCCCAAUCCUGGGGGCGGGAGUGAUGCACCAAGAGGCCACCUGGGGAUAAAACCAUCCCCCAUCACCUUGCGGCUUGGGUGGCUCAGAGGGUGGAGUUCGCAAGGGGAGGUGGAGAGGAAGCUAUGGGCUCCCACCAAGGGGGCUUCCCAGGGAAAGUUCACCCCAGAGGUGGGUUUGUGGGUCUGGGGUGCAGGGUGUGGUGGGGCUUCUAGCCAGUCCUCUGAAGCUGUUCCCCAGCCAAGAAGCCCUAAAACAGAGAGGAGAUGUUCAACACACACCCGGGUCUGGGUCCCUAGGGCUUGACUUGGGAAUGUUUGGCACAGAACUGAAGCAGAGGAGAUGGGGACCCCGUCACAGCCUUCCAGUCCCCCACCUCUGUCCCCACCAGCUCCCACAGCCCUGUCUUCUAAUUUCAUGUCCAGUGCGUUAACAAAUCCCAGAGCGUAUGCCACUCACCAACUCACAAAACAAACAAAAAACAAGAUCCAACCCAAACAAACAAAAACCCAAAUUCCAGUUCCCAUCAAAGCCACAUUCUCAGCACAUUCACUGGGACUGAACAAGUAUGAAGCAGCAUCACCUGUACACGGUCUCACGGAGGUGACAGCUCGGCCACCAGCAGCCGCCACCUGCAUACCGCCCAGGAAUACGUUCACUUCUUUCUUUUCUUUUCUUUUCUCUUCUUUCUCUCUUUCUUUUUUUCUUUUUUUCUUUCUUUCUUUCUCUCUUUCUUCCUUUCUUUCUUUCUCUAACCACCUCACCCAGGGUCUGGUAGAGCUGAGCAGUCUUUAGUCAUUCAGUGUUUUUUGUUUGUUAUCUGGGUUUUGGGGUUUUAUUUAUUUUAUUUUGGUUUCAAUUAGGAAACCUGUCAAUCAGGAACAAAUCCCCAGGACACCUGCCAGGUCUUCACUUUUCACCCAGUGUCCUGGGCUAAAUGUCCCCAAACUGAUGGUGACUGUCAGAAACUGUGGUUUUGACGACACUGGGGUUUUCUUGCCAGGACAAAAGUGAAGUGGGGCAGGGUGUUCUGUACCCAACUCCCCUCCCUUCCACUGUUCCCUAAUGCCUCCCCACAUCUUCCCUGGGUUGAGUGGUUCUGCUUCCAACUACCCCAGGACUUUUAUGUAAAUUACAGCCAAGUUUGGACACCAGCCCUCCCAGUGACUCCCCCUUCCCCAUCUGUCUCCCUACAUAGGCCCCCCAAUUCCAAAGCCACCAAGAGCCACAUGGGGCACAAAAUGUCCCAUGGCAUGUCAUGGGGGGGGGGGGACAGGAGUCUGAGCCCGGGUCUGAGGGGUCCAUACACUGCCAAUCUCCACCCACCCCUGGACUCGGGAACACCCCCCCCCGUCUGACUCGGUGGCUUUCUAGGCCAGCUAGUACCCCCUUAGCCAGAACCCCACUCCCCGUUCCCUGUAGCCGUGUGUGAGAGCACGGAGCAUAGACUGUAUUUUUGGAGUAUGAACCACAGGGGCCAAAGGGCUCUGAGCCGGCCACGCAUGGGACCAAGGACAGAAGACGCCGGCCGGCUGGAGCCGCCCCCCCCCGACGCCAAACCAGGACCCUGCCAACACCAUAUACCUCCAGUUCUUGGGGUCCCCACGGCUGCUACCACCUCCCGCGUCUAGGGCUCCCCUCCACACACACCCUUCCCGCUUUCACAGCCUUACUUGGGUGACCAGGUGUCCUUAGCUUCCCACUGGGGAAGCCUCCUGCCCCCAGAUUGCCUGCCAAGUGUCCCCUCCCACCGCCCCCAGGUGCCCCCCACUGGCCCCUAUGUCUCCCCACUUUCCUCCUUUCCCCCCACUGCCUCCUGCUGUUCCUCCCACGUCCCCCACUGCCCCCUGUGCCCCCGACCGCCCUUCAGGUGCCCCCCUCCCCCAUCCUCCAAUCACCAGCCUUGAACUGAAGGUCUCUACCGAGGUCGCCCCAAGUCGGUCGGACGUCGCCACACAGCCCGCCAGACCUGGUUGCUGGCGUCGUGGACUCUACACUCUGAUUUAUUUUCUCUCAUUUUUGCUGUGGUCCUUUUCAAGACCACAAGGAAGGGCGGGGGGGGGGGAGACUCACUAAUAAUCCGCUUCUGUUUCCUAGCUGGGGGAUUGGGAAGACUUUGGUGGGGAGCCCCCCUGUAUAUUACCCCCUGCCUACGCACGCACCCACUGCUAAGCACAGAAUCCUUAGUUUGGACAUCCCGCCAGGGGGAGGGGAGUCCGGCUCCCUUCCGACGUGUCCAAAAGCAAAACAGAAGAGAUUUAAAAAAAAAAUAAGGUUAAAAAAUACAAAAACAGAUUUUUUUCAAAAGAAAAAAACCUUUUUGUUUCUACCAACACGCUUGUUGACUUAGCCAAAACAAAGGGGAAAAAUGUAAAAAAAAAAAAAAAAAAAAAAUCCCUCCCCGAUUCUGCCCACCUUGUUUCGCGUCCCCUGUUCUGAACAUUCCUACAGUGAGACUGUGUUCCGUCCACGUGCGAGUGUGGCCCCAGGGUCACCCGCAGAGUGCGUGUGGCGUGCGCUGGCGUGCGCACCGUCAUUCAUGUUUACGAGCUGUAAAUACAUUUUUAUACUCCACUCGAGAGACCCUAUGUGAUUUGUACGACGGCCUUUAUUUCUGCUACAACGAAUUUCGUGAAAUCUCAACUUCAGACUGAAUUUUGGAGACAGCAGAGAGAGGAUGGGGGCGGUGGAAGGCGGAGAGGAAAUGUGGGCUCUCGUCCCCCUCCCUGCCUUCUGUUUGUGUGCGGAGGAGCUAGGUCUCAACGUCAAAUCACCUCUCUUUGGUCUGGAAAAGAAAAAAAAAAACUAAAAGUUUAUUUAAUAAAAGUUUUACUUGUUA